AUGACCUCGGCCGCAGACCUCCCUCUCCCCACCAGCGUCUCCGGCUCGCACGACCAACAUGGCUCCCUCUCAGACCUGCUGCCCUCUCACUUCACCACGCUGAUAACCACGUGGCUGGCCGAAGACACGCCGUCCUUCGACUACGGCGGCUUCGUGGUCGGCUCGCAGCCACGCACCGCCCAACUCCUCUGUAAAUCUGCCGGCGUCUUGGCCGGGGUGCCCUUUUUCAAUGAAGUCUUCCGCCAACUGGACUGUGAGGUCCAGUGGCACUACGACGAAGGCCAAUUCCUGGAUCCCAAGAAUCAGAGCGGCAAGAUCAAAGUCGCCACGGUGAAAGGCCCGACGAGGAAGCUGUUGCUGGGCGAAAGAGUCGCGCUGAACACACUGGCACGAUGUAGUGGCGUGGCGACGCGGAGUCGACAUAUGCUCGAAUUGGUCCGCAGUGCAGGCUACAGAGGGACUUUGGCGGGCACGCGGAAAACCACGCCGGGGUUUCGCCUGGUGGAAAAGUACGGCAUGUUGGUCGGCGGGAUCGACGGACACAGGCACGAUUUGUCGUCCAUGAUCAUGUUGAAGGACAACCAUAUCUGGGCCAAGGGUUCGAUCACCAAUGCCGUCAAAGCCGCGAGGGCCGUCGGCGGGUUUGCGCUGAAGGUCGAGGUCGAGGUCCAGACGGAAGCCGAGGCCGACGAGGCGAUCGAGGCGGGCGCCGACGUCGUCAUGCUGGAUAACUUUGACGGCGAAGGGCUCAAGGUCGCGGCCAAGAACCUGAAACAGAGGUGGAAGGAAAGGGGGAGAGCGGAUGUGCUGCUGGAAAGUAGCGGCGGACUGACAGAGGCGAAUGUCGAGGCGUACAUCAACAACGAUAUCGACAUAAUAUCGACGAGCGCCGUCCACCAAGGCGUCCCGCACGUAGACUUUUCGCUGAAAAUCGACCACUAG